AUGUCUUGGGAACCUGGCAUGUUUGAUCUGCAGCUGCCUAUUACGUCCCCGGAUCUAUCUCCCCACUGCCAUGGCACUUGGCUUACAUGGUCGCAAUUAUUGUAUGGAAUAGAAUCGAGUAUUGUUAUGGCAGAGCAGAAAAACCGCGAUGUGGUAGAUCAGACCCUGUCGGGCGGCGAGGCUUCGCCUUCCGACGUUCCUGCGAGCACCAACGACAAUCUAUCUGCUGGAGGGGACGCAGGGAAGACCGAGCGUAUCGCAACGACUACCACUACAUCGAACAACUCAAACUUGAAUGAUCAGCAAAACCAUGAGAAGACGAACACUCUUGAUUCACGGGUAGAAAAAGCUGCCGGCGACAAGGAUGCUGGAGGCUCGACGACGGUGAGCAUCGCUUCUGGAUGCGCUCCAAAGUACUUGCUAAUAUGGGCGCAGGAUACUUCUAAACAAGGCGCCGGAGUUGUUGCGACUCGAGUUCUUGAGCUCAAUGGACUGGCCUCGGCAUCGGACGGCGGAGAGGAUACAGCAUCACAAGGUGGCUCGGAAUCGGAUGCGAGCCGACCAGAUAGCAGGAAUCAGACUCACAGUGGCUCAGUCAAAAAGCCAUCUGGAUUCAAGCCAGUUUCUUUUGCCAAGUUUUCGGUAAACAAGGUUCCGGGGGCUCCAACACCACCUAAGGUGCCUGAGAAAGCGCCAACGUCUACAACACCACUUGGCACCCCACAGCCAAGCUCCCGACCGCGCUUGGUUGCGAAGACUACACUCGGCAUGCGUGAUUCCUUUUCGAAGGCUGGAGCAGGCGGAGGCAAGCCUGGUGGAUCAGGGCCAGAUCCGAAUCAAGUGUGGAAUAAGAACCGACCUGUUGCGCCCGCUCCUCCGAAACACUUGACUGAUGAAGAAUUGAAACAACAAUACGGAAUUCAUAUGACUUCUCGUAUCCAAGAAGAUGGGGCUGUUAGCUCCGAAGCGAAGUGGGCCGAUAUUGAUGACGAUGAAGAUGAUUGGGCCCCUGAGACGAUCGAGUGGACAGAUGGAACCAAGGUCAAUCUCACUCAACCUCACACUGAACCCCCGCCGGCUCCCAGUAACCGGGAGCCCAAAGAGCUGCCGCCUGUAGAGCCAAGCGUUCCGAAAGAGCCUGUCAAGGUUGCGCCGAAGCCAGCCGCAUCAAUGGGGUCCCGUGCUAUGGUACUCAAAGUUGGAGCUAAUGCUGAACGACAAGCAAGAACUGCGAGUGCUUCCUCUAACGGCACAAAUGACAAAGUUCCAUCUAGCUCCACCAGCCCAGCGCCGCCAUCCAAGUCUCCUUGGGCCGCUCUGCCUCCCGUCGAAAGAGUGUCUCCUGUCAAUGCCCCGGUUCAGCCUCACCAACAACGCAUGCCCUCGAGAUACCCCCAGAGAGAUGACGGCCACCAUGCCCCAAUGGCAAUGCCACCCAAGGAGAUUGCAGCGGAUGAUUUCAACCGUGCAUGGAAAGAUCAGUCAGAUUUGCCCCAGCUUUUCAAUCCUCGAUCUUCCCAGUACGAACCGGUGGGUGAAACCAGGAGAGGAUCUUGGCGUCAUGACCAACACUCCCGUGCUCCUGCGGUUUUGCAGAGGCCAAACGAUCAUUCAAGUGGACCGGCAGAGCCAUCUGCUGCAUUCCAGACACACAGGUCUAGUCAUCAGGAUGGCAUGAGUUGGGGUCGUCGUCGCACAUCAUCAAACGUGAGCGGAGGAAGCGGAGGAUUUGGCCGUAGGAUGUCAGUUUCCCGAUUUGAUGCCCCUCCGAGAUACAAUGAUGCUCGCAGAGGCUCUCAAGUGAACGGUCUGGGCGAUUCAGCGGUAGUGGGUCACGAACAGCAUCAUGGCAAAGAAGAAAUUGCCCCGUCCGGUCCAAAUGGUACAGCACGCGCAGCUGUUGAUGUAGGUAUGUCUCCUGUGGAAACACAGGCGGUUCCUCAAGUUCCGCAAGAACCUCAGGAGGACCCUGUUGCUUUGCAAGAGCGUAUUAUGAAGGAGAAACGUCUAGAGGCGAGGCAACGAAGGAUCGAGCAGGAGGAGAAAGAGGAAGCGGCUAAAAAGGAAAGGAUUAGGCAACGUCUCGCGGCGAUGGGUCCUGCGCCAGAGAAGAAAGCUCCGGAAACGCGCAACCCCCCCUCCUCUCUUCAACCUCAACCUCAGUCUCACACUCUUCAUCCUCCCCAAACCCCUUCUCAACUUCCUGUUCAACCCAUCCACUCUAUUUCUUCACCCCCCAAACCUCCUGUGCCAGAGCCCAAUCGGGAACCCAAACAGUAUGGUAUGAUGAAAGUGCAUCAUCCCGACUCUGUCAAGAAACUCGUUGGUGCGCAUGAGCGGACAUCUGAGAGCAAACAUCUCAACCGACGUGUCUCAUCACCCCACCAAGAAUCCCAUCGUGACUCCGCACCUCCAUCUGCCUCACACUUCAAAACUGAACCUCAUUCACCUGUCCAGAGCAAGACAUCUGAUCCAAAGAUCGAGGAGCAAGGUACUCAGUGGCAAGGGAAUUUGACUUCUACUUCGCCCUGGUCCCAUCCUAACAUUGCUGUACCAUCUACAUCUGCCAAAAAUUUGUGGAAACCGUUUGGCAGUGACCGCACUCCAACUCUCGGUAACGGCAUCUUUGACCAACCUUUGGGGACUUUCGCAUCGCGCGAAAACCCUCUAGGCCAACUCGGCUUAGAUUCGUCAAAUAUGUCUACCCCUCCCAAUUUCUCUGCUCCUAACGAGCCAACCGACUCUUUGCCGCCACCUGAGGCACGUCGCCCCUCGUUUGGACCCCUCAAUCCAAUUGGACGCCCCGGCCCAAUCGGACCGCCGAGCACACGGAAUCGUGCCGUUAACGACUGGAAUAACUUCCAUGAGAACGCCUUGGAGAAGGAAUCAGAGAACGCUAAGGAAUUCCUGAAGCGACUUGAUGAGAGACGAAAGGGAGCCCCAGCCCCGCCACCCGCGCCCGUGGUUUUCGCUGAGACUUGGAAGAAGACCCGUGCCACUGAAGACGGCAGACGCGUCGUCACGCGAGUCACCGAAAGAGUUGUCAACAACGAAGAAGACAUCGCCAAGGCCAAGGCGGCCGCGAACCAGCAACCCAACCCUCUUACGAGUCUUGAUACUCCUAUGGAUGGCCUCAGCAUGUCUGACAUCGGUGUUCGUCCAGCCGGCAAUGUUUCUACCCGGAGCUCUCGAUUCUUCCCUUCGGCAUCUGAACAGUCGAAACGCCAGAUCGCCGAGAAGGAGCGCAGCAGUCCUUCGCCUCCUCCUCCCGAGGAGGUUAGCCACCCUGCCUAUUAUGGAGACGCCAAGCGCCCCAAUGUUAAUCUUCCGGCCCCUAAACCUCCCAAGCCCGUCGUUAAACUCCCUCCGAAGGCCAUUGGUGCCCCGGCGCCCCCGCCAACAUUUGCUUCUAUGGCAGCUGCGCCGCCGCGUAACACGGUGCCUCCUUCUUCCACUGCGCUGUCGUGGCAGGACAAGAUCAACGGCCUCUUCGGCAAGACCACUCCUACGCCGAAGAAGAGUGUCUUAGCUGUGACAUCAGCUACAAAGGAGCCUCUUCCUGUCCACGCUAGCGCUGUGUCUGUCUCUAUCCCUCAGACCAAGAUUGGAUCUCAGGCUGGCGAUGGCGAUUUCGCCGUUCGACAAGUCAAUGAACAGGAUGAGAUGUUUGAAGACCGUGAACCCGGCUCUUUGCCUGCCGUUCGUGUGCCGAAUAUGGCGCCCCAGAAUUCUUGGAGCGCAACUCGUCCAUCAGAACGACCCCGUGGGAAGAACUUCAAGCCGGUGCAAGCGCAGAGCAUUCAGCCGUUCCUGGUUGGACAAAAUGAUCGGGAUGGUCAUGGUAAUAUUUGCGCUUCGGUUUUCCUUCCAGGUGGCUCUGAACCCAAAACCGUUCUCAUCCAACGCAAGGCUGGUCCGCCCCGAGGCCGCAAUACCAAUACCAAUGUCAGACCCCGCAAGGGAAUCAACAACAAGUCCAAUGAAGUUUCCGGUGGCAACAAGAAGCCUACCUCAAACACUGUCCCGCGACAGCAACCCCGUCAGCGGACGGGCUGGACCCCGGAAAGCCCCACUUCUCGUUAA